AUGUCGAAAAAUAUCCCUAAUCAAGCUGACGUAGUAGAUGCUAAAAUUUCAGAUACUGAUAGACAACAAUAUGAACAACUUCUUUUGAAAUAUUAUCAAGAAGAUAAAACCAAAUCAUAUUGGGAAUUUUCUAUUGUUCCAGGAAUUUUCAAACAAUCUUUACCAGAAACUGAUGCUACUAAAUUUGAUACUAUAAAGGAACAUUUUGGAAUUAUUCCCAAUUGGGAUGAUAUCAUUAAAAAAUUGAAUGAAUUAAACAAUCAAGUAAAUUCUAAUGAAAUUCAAUAUAAAUUAAUGUUUUUAGCUAGACAUGGUCAAGGAUAUCAUAAUGUUAAACAUAAUGAAAACCCACAACUUUGGGAUGAUUAUUGGUCUCAUUUAAAUACUGAUGGUAAAAUUGUAUGGGGGCCUGAUCCUGAAUUGACUGAAUUAGGAAUUGAACAAGCUAAAGAUAAUAAUAUUGCUUGGAAUCAAGAAAUUAUUAAUAAUAUCAAUAAAAAUAAAAAAUUAAUUAUACCAACAAAAUUUUUCACAUCACCAUUUAGAAGAUCAAUUGAUACAUUAAUUAAUACUUGGAAUAAUAUAAUUGAUUUACAAAAAAUUAAACCAUUAAUUCAAGAAAAUUGGCGUGAAACAAUUGGUGAUCAUACUUGUGAUAAACGAUCAACAAGAUCAAUAAUUAUUGAAAAAUAUCAAUCAUUAGGAUUUAUAAUUGAAUCUGAUUUUGAAGAAGAAGAUAUUUAUUGGAAAUCUGAUUGGCGUGAAUCAGUAGCUGAACAAGCAAUUAGACAAAAUAAAGGAUUACAACAACUUUUCAAUGACAAUCCAUUUGAUCAAAUUGUUAGUAUUACUAGUCAUAGUGGAUCAAUUCGUACUCAAUUAUUAGUGUUGGGUCAUCGUCCAUUUGCUAUUGGAACUGGUGGUAUGAUCCCUGUGUUUGUUAAGGGAGUUAAAGUUGCCCAAAAAUUAAAAGAAUAA